AUGUUACGUCAAAUCGUUCCGAUUUUCUUCAAUAACAUCAAACGAUGUUAUUCAUUAUCAUCAAGACGUUGUGAUAAGCCAAUCAAUUCAUCAUCAAGUUCGUCUCAUGAUGAAAAUUUUCACAGUAUUGAUGAAUGUGAAAAAACAAUAAAACAAAUAGAAUCUGAAGGACCAAUUGACUUUGCUUGCUUAGAACCAAUAGGACUCGAUUGGUCAUCAUUGCCUGACGAGGAUUUUAGUCAUCUGGAUGCACUCGACGAUCUCGAAAGCACUGAAGGAUCUUCCAAUUCAACAAAAUCAAUGAAAGGUUCUGAACCAACCGUUUCAUCUGCAAAUUUCGGUCAAAAUGCUGGUAGUGAUGAAAUCAAACAUUUCUUUUCACUUGACGAAAUAGCCGCUUUCUUCAUACCCAAUUUAGGCAAUAAACAAAGACCUGUUUUUAUUCUAUCAUCUUCGUUUCGUAAUCGAUUACAUGAUGUUUGA